AUGGCUGGUCGCAACAAGAAAACGAAGCUGAAGAAGGCCCACAACUCUCUGUACAAGGCAUCCAAGCGCCAUGCCGGCCCACUCAACGGCCACGGCGCCUCUGCCCUCCGACUCGCUCUCUCUUCCGACCCGAGUGACCUCAACGGCUGCUCCGGCAACCUCCACGGCGGGCCCGGUACCCUCGGCGACUGCCCCGAAGCCCUCGAUUCCAACUGCAGCGAUUGA